ACUAGAAUUAAGAUGUCAGCCUCCAUUGCUAAAUGUGUUGAAACAUGUUAUGUUUCUGCUGGAUGUAAUUGCGUACCACAUUGCGUACAUUGGAGUCAUCAAAAUGUCGUCGCAUAUGCAUCGAAUAGAAAUAUCAUACUUUACGAUCCGGGGUCAAGAUCUUCUACAGGGAAGAUUAUAUCUGUGUUGCAAGGUCACAAAGUUAGAGUGAACUGUGUGAAAUGGGUGCAAGAAAUGCCAUCAUUGGUUUAUCAAACUGAAACUGUGAAUGAGCUGAUCUCGGCUUCCUCAGACCAAACUAUCAAAAUCUGGACGAAAAAUGGAGAUCAGUAUGAGGUGACAUCAACACUGGCAGGUCACGAUGGCAUAGUAACAAUAGUUGAUGCAAUUUACCUACAUGAGGAAGGUCAGUCCACAUUAAAGCCAAGAACGCUAAUCGCAUCAACUUCAACCGAUUCAACCAUUAAGAUAUGGGAGAGACGACAAGAUGAAAAUGAAUUUAAACUUUUGCAGACAAUAUCACGUGGCAAGGGUUUUGCUCUAUGUUUGGCUUGGUGCGUCCUCCCCACAACAAACACUGCUAUACUAACUGUUGGGGACGAUGACUGCAAGUUGCUAUUGUACGUGGAGUCUGGUGGACAAUUUGUUAAAGUGAAUACAUUACAGGGCCAUGAAGACUGGGUUAGAGCUGUACAAGCUAUUGUCACUGAUGAUGGUGACCUUUUGUUGGCUAGCUGUGGACAGGAUUUUUUUAUUCGUCUUUGGAGAAUAUCACCUGAAAAAGAAGAGGCUUUGGACAACAGAAAUGAAGAGAUUAAAAUAGAAGGAAAUACAUUCUCUGUAAUGUCUAGAGAAAAGACUAAACGAUUUAAUGUAUCUUUAGAGUCUGUGUUACUUGGCCAUGAGAACUGGGUGUAUGAUGUACAUUGGAAACCUGCUGUAUUUAAAGAUGGAGUGCGCCACCAACCAAUGUGCCUGGUGUCAGCGUCAAUGGACAAGACAAUGAUAAUAUGGAGGCUAGAUGCUGACUCAGGAAUUUGGAUGGAUAGUGUGCGUGUAGGUGAGGUAGGAGGAAAUACUUUAGGUCUGUACGGGUGUCAGUUCAGCCCCACUGGAGACUCCAUACUCGGGCAUGGAUUCCAAGGGGCAUUCCAUCUUUGGCACACAGAUGGAGCAGAGAGUGAUAAUGGAUGGUCCCCAGGUGUUGUGGUCAGCGGUCACUUUGGUUCGGUUGAAGAUAUUGAUUGGGAUCCCCAGAAUGGUGAUUUUUUACUGAGUGUUGGUAUGGAUCAGACUACGAGAUUACAUGCACCAUGGAUACAGAGCAAUUCAGUCAGUUGGCAUGAGAUAGCACGCCCUCAAGUUCAUGGCUAUGAUAUGCAGUGCAUUUCAAUGGUCUCUAGAAAUAGAUUUGUGUCUGGUGCGGAUGAGAAAGUAGUUCGUGUAUUUGACGCACCUAUCAAUUUCCUCCAGAAUUUCUCGCAGUUGUCCAAAAUUAAGCUAACAGGAGAGGAAUUAGAAAAGUCGGCCAAAAAUGCACCAAUGGGGGCCAGUGUACCGGCCCUGGGUCUGUCUAACAAGGCAGUGUAUGAAGGAGAGUCAAUGGCACCAGUGUCUGACAGAGAAAUCAACCAUCCUAGUGAGCUUUACUCGGAAAUAUACUUUUCAUCAGUGAGCCUAAAUCAACCACCAACAGAGGAACACCUUCUGCAGAACAGUCUGUGGCCUGAGACUCAAAAGCUGUAUGGUCAUGGAUUUGAAAUCUUCUGUUUAGCCAGCCAUCCAUCGGGUACUGUGGUUGCCUCAGCAUGUAAGGCUACAAGACCAGAACAUGCUGCCAUCAUUUUAUGGGAUACUUCAACAUGGAAACAAUUAUGUCAGUUACCAUCCCAUUCGUUAACCAUUACACAACUUGCUUUUUCUCACGAUGGUGAACAUCUGUUGUCCGUGUCACGCGACCGAACAUGGUCACUAUUCAGACGUCGACCAAAUUCUACCCUUGAUGGUCCGUUAUAUAGUAGAGUUGCAUUUACGGAUAAGAAGACGGCAAUCCAUGGACGUAUCAUAUGGGCAUGUUCAUGGUCUCAUGAUGAUAACUUCUUUGCAACUGCGUCAAGGGACAAGAAGGUUAUAAUCUGGGGAAAAGAUUCAUAUUCAACAUCAGCAAGUUGCCUUGGCAACUAUAAGUCUUGCUCAUCACCACUUGAUGUCAAAGAUGCUGCCACAGCAAUUGCGUUUGCUCCUGUUUCCACUCAGGAUGGAAGCUAUUUGUUAAGUAUUGGAACUGAAUCAGGAGCAAUAAAAUUAUUCAAGUGGCAUCCCGCAACAACAGAAUGGAAUCUGUGCUUUGAUUUUGACCAAAGCUUACGGCACUCUCUUACUGUGAAACGUUUGCGUUGGAGGCCAAGGCUUGGACGAGUGGGGUCACAGGUUGAUAAUGCUGGCAACAGUGACGAAAAAUGGCUACAACUUGCUAGCUGUAGUAAUGACUGCUCUGUGAAAAUAUACAAUAUUAAACUCAAUGAGUUAUGAUGAAUGAUAAUUUAAUGUACAUACCUACUUCUAAAUCGUUGAACCAUAAAGAAGCCUUCUGUAGGAGCCGUUUGGCAGAACUAUUGAGGAUUAGCUUCAUGACUACUCAAAGCGCUAUAGAAGUUCUAACAUAUUGAAGUGCUAUAUAUGUCCUAACAUACUGCAUUAUCAUUGGUUCCUAUGCUGUACAGAAAUCGUCCAUGCAUGUGCAUCCAUACAUCUGUGAUGCUGACGUCAUCAAAUUUGUUAAAAUUUUGUAAAAAAGCAAACUUAAAUUUCAAAACAUCUGUUGGUUAUGAAAUUUUUCGUACAUGUGGUAUUGGUCAUGUCAUUUUUCCAUAUUGUUUGAAAUCAUUUUUGGAUAAAUAUUAAAGCAGUACACAGGAAUAUCCUCUCCAUCCAAGACUCUCUGAAUUGAAAGAUCUAUUUUUUUAGAAACCAGAUUCAAUUGUUGACCUCUCCAAAUGAAAAUAUUAGACUCUAAGGAAUGUACGAAAUGCGAUUUAGAUUAGAGGACAUUAAAAAGUCCCUGACAUUUCUACCUGAAUUAAUAAUUUACAAAGUAUAUAUUUUAAGCUCUCUUAAUAUAGAAAAGUCUUGUAUCCGUUUCAUUUGUUUCCUUAUUUCUAUUUACAUCAUUACAAAUAAUUAAAAGAGUUCAUCUGGUUUCUAUAAUAUAGUGACGUUGAACUUUCAUUUAUGAUUUAACUAAAAUAACAUCGAUCACAAUCGCCGAUUUUUUUCAGCUGACUAUGUUGUUACUUCAGUCUGGUCGUUAUGUCAUCAGUCUUUUGACGUAAUGCGGUGAUGGUGGUCGGGGCCCCGCCUGCUCCUUUUGUGUUUAAUAGUUUGUUGUAAAUUUUUGAGAGUUAAUAGGAACCUUCAUCCCCUUUCAUGUUCUGGUAUAUGAUUAUAAUGUGAGGCAUAAUCAGUAAUUGCGGAUUUGUGUUGGGUUGCAGAUGUGGAAUAUCGUUGGGCCAUGGUUAUUACUCCCCCUACAUGUACGUAUUGCGAGAUGUCUGCUCCUUGACUCUAGUGCAAGGGGUCUUUCUGUUUCGCCUAUGUAUGUAUGUUUGCAGUUCAAACAGCGUAUCUCAUAGAUGCGUCCAUUUCUCAGUUGUAUCCUUUGGGUGUACUAAGCCCUCUCCGAUUUUAUUCUGAGGUACGAAAUAAGAGUUGAUUUUAUAUAUUGUCAGUGUUCUCCUCAUGCAUUCUAAUAGGCCUUUGACAAAACAGUCACUUGAAAAUUUUGCCGAUUGCGAUCAAAAUGUCCAGGGAAAUGCAGAUGUUAUUUUGGUUCAAUUAUAAAUAGAAGUUCAACAUCACACCAUUUGAAAAUAAUAUUUUACCAAAAUUGCUGCUUGAUUAGUAAAUCUGAAAAACCAGGGCAACAUAGCCUUGCUUAUAUUAUAAAAGGGUCAAAUAAAUUGUCAACUUUUAAAACAGAUUUAAAGUAUUUGAAUUUUCUGAUUUUUUGGCUAUGGAAUUACCAGCGUUGAUUAAAUUACCAAUCAUGGAAUGGGAUCAAUGCAAUACAACGUAGAAUCGGUGUUAAUUUAUGUUGUAAUUGCUGAGGAAUAUAUUUUCUAAUUUCAAUAUUCAAAUGGAAGCUGUUAACGUGCAUAUUCAAAGGAAGGAAUAAUAAUAAUAGUAAAUUCUCUUCUUAAAGCUGAAGAAUCAAGAUUCAUUUAUUAUCGUCAUACAUAAUAGAUAUAUACAGAUUUGUUUCUUUGAGUUUAUACAAAAAAGAACAAACAGUAAAAAUCGAAAACAACACUAUAUACAGCAUUUAUGAGAAUAAUUUUCAGACAAAUUCUUGGCUUUUAUGUCUCUCAAAAGAUGGGAAGGUGACAAAACAGAAGACGGUUCCCCAAGUCAUUUAAACUUAUUUAUACAGCAGUUUUCUUCCUGCACCUCUUCCUGCAAAUACCAUGUACCCGCCCCAGUACCUCACAGCCUUGCGAAAGGCCGCUUCCCCCCACCCCAAAGUCAUUUAAACUUAUUUAUACUGCAGUUAACUUCUUUCUGUACCCCCCUCCCCCAGUACCUCACAGAUUUGGCGAGACUUUUUUUUAACACCUUGUGUAGCAAACUUAUUUUUUUAUAGUUGUUAAAUGAGGGCGGAAACAUUUUAAAAUAAAAUUGUGUUUUCUUGUAUUCGCAAAAUGAUUUUGCCAAAAACAUCUAGUUGGAGGAGAAAAUUAAAAUAUAAUUUUAUCUAUGAAUGUCAACAGUGUAGUAAUGAGGUGCAUAAAUGCUUAAAGUUUAUAUUAAGGAAGAAAUAUAUGUUAUAUUUUGGAGAUUUCAGGGGAGCCGAUGACAUAAUAUGAUUUUUUCCUGAAAUUUCCAUUUUCGUGGCGGAGGAUGGGAUUACUGGCCAAAAGUGAAAAGUUAUUUUUUCACCAUUAUUGGCUGUCCGAGGGUUUGCUAAACAAGUUAUUAAAACAGUUUUGCCUCAUGACCCAUUUGUGGCUAUUUACACUCGUUGUGAUCCGAUUGAAACAAGUAUUAUUUUGGCUUUUCAAUUCAAUUCAAUAUUUAUUCGAACAUUUAUAAACAUGCAUGGAAUUUAAACAAAUAAUAGUUACAGUAUACAUAGAAAAUAAUCAAGGGACGACAUAUAAACUCUUACUAAUCUGUCACGGUUGUCCCUCUUCAAAGACAGCAAAAGCAACAUUAAACAUGAAAAUGAACAGAAAAUAAACACUCCUCCGUAUAAAUAAGAUAAACAUAAUGUUUAUUCUCUGAUUACUUACAAAUGUAAUUCGAUACCCUAACUCUAAUUAUUUUUAUUAUUAAAAUGACAGUUUAUCAUUAUUAUUUAUCAUUAUUGUUAUGUUUGGAGCCUUCAUUACUAUUAGUUUUAUUGAAUUAUUGAGUUUCAAUAAAGUCAGUUUAAGUUUUGA